CUACCGAGUUGGAAAGUUUCCCGUGAGCCCGCGGGCGAGGGAGGACUACGACUCCCGGCAUGCUCCGCGGCUGACGGAAUUAACCUUUCAGGGCCCGGAGCCGCGCUGCCUUCGGUCCCCGCCCCUUACCCGGACCCUGCAGGAGAUGGGUGCCCCCAUCAGCACACUGUCCUUUGGUCACCGGACAUCAUGCCUCCCAAGAAGGAUGUUCCCGUGAAGAAACCAGCAGGGCCCUCCAUCUCUAAGCCUGCUGCCAAGCCAGCAGCAGGGGCCCCUACAGCCAAGACCAAGGCUGAGCCUGCUGUUCCCCAGGCGCCUGUGAAAACCCAGGAGCCCCCUGUGGAUCUCUCUAAAGUGGUGAUCGAGUUUAACAAGGACCAGCUGGAGGAGUUCAAGGAGGCCUUUGAGCUGUUUGACCGAGUAGGCGAUGGCAAGAUCCUGUACAGCCAGUGUGGGGAUGUAAUGAGGGCUCUGGGUCAGAACCCGACUAACGCUGAGGUGCUCAAGGUCCUGGGGAAUCCCAAGAGUGAUGAGCUGAAGACCAGGCGCGUGGACUUUGAGACGUUCCUACCCAUGCUCCAAGCAGUGGCCAAGAACCGGGACCAAGGCACAUAUGAGGACUACUUGGAAGGGCUUCGGGUGUUUGACAAGGAGGGGAAUGGCAAAGUGAUGGGCGCAGAGCUCAGACAUGUCCUCACCACCCUGGGAGAGAAGAUGACUGAGGAGGAGGUGGAGACGGUUCUGGCAGGACAUGAGGACAGUAAUGGCUGCAUCAACUAUGAGGCCUUCCUGAAGCACAUCCUAAGCGUCUGAGCUCUACAGAUCCUGUGGGGCCGGCUUGCCUUCCCUCUCCCAGGCAGACGGAGGCACGUUUCUGCCACUAGGCGGCCACCUAUUGUGUCAAAAUAAAGACAUGGUUCCUUG